AUGUGGCUGCAUAUUGAUCUCGUAAGUUUCCACUCGGUGGCGACCUCCUCUGCGUGCGCACCCUUUUCACUUCGGUUAUUUACCAAGCACCCUUAGACAGAGUCAGGAGAACCUUGGAGAACGUGUAAAUGGUGAGAAGGAAGUCAACGGUGGAUAGGUAACAACAAAGUCAAAUCGGGGUGGACCGAUUUUUAUAAGGUGCGUGUCGAAAGACCAGGAAGAUUAGAUUUGGGGAGUUUAAACAAUAGAAAACGAAGAAUAGAGGAAAGUAGAUAGAACAGAAGCUGACAUCUAAUAAGAUAAAUAGAGGAAGAUAUAGAAAACGACCCCAAGACAUAGAGACAAGUACAUAAAUAGAAAUAUAGAGUGUUAGAAAAACGAAGAUUUUGUUUUUUAUCGAAGAUAAAAGGGAAUCGGAGGAGGUGAAGCAGGUGAAAAGAAAACUGUUUGCCAGCAGAAGCAAACGAAGGAGAGAAAAAGCAACGUAACUCCAAUGUAUUACGGUCCCCCUCGCGUGAACGAAUCCACGGAAAUAUGUCAUUACCACGAGAAUGGAGCCUGCAGGAUUCGGUUGAGCGUGACGCUGUCGCCUGUGCGACAGCGUCGCAGGAGAUGGUCGGCACCACUGUCAUCGACGAGAAUAUGAAUCAACAAAAUCAACUGGGCUCCCUUUUGUCGAUACAUUCGGCGCCCGUCUUCGAUUUGAGCACAGGUGUACCCUCGCCAAAAAGGCCAGCCUCGUUGGCCGUCCAGGCGACAGCAACUUCAACGCCGGUCGUGCCACCGCAUCUUCAGAGUCCAGAGACGAUCGAGGACGAGGAUAACGAUAAUCUCCUGACCAUAUCGAGUCUCACGGCCAGGCCAUUGAUUGCCAAGUCUCAUGAACUUCGAUCGAGCAUAACUUCUAGUACUAAGAAGAAAAAACCUAAGUGCGAAACGAAAAAAUCGAGAAAUAUCAAGUACGUUCCAUUAGAUGGUGGUUAUGGGUGGGUGAUCGUUUGCGGAGCAUUUUUCGUUCAGUUCUGGGUGACUGGACUGAUGAAAUCUUACGGGGUGCUGUAUGUCGAGGUGAUGGAAACGUUUAAGGAUUCCACAGCUUCGGUCGCUUCUUGGAUACCCGCUAUCUUGUCUUGUCUUUGUCUUGCACUUGCUCCAGUGACGAGCAUGCUGUGCCAGAAGUAUAGUUGUCGGGCAGUCGUUUUCAUCGGUGGAUUGUUCUGUGCUUUAGGAUUAACGAUAAGUUACUUUGCGACAAAGUUGAUACAUCUCUUUUUUACAUUUGGAGUUCUGACAGGCAUUGGCAGCGGUCUGUCGACAACACCAGGUAUCAUCCUCGUCUCACAAUACUUCGACAAGCAUCGUGCACUAGCAAAUGGAAUAUGCGUAUCUGGUACAGCAGCUGGCAGUUUCGUGUUUCCGCUUUUGAUCAAGGUUCUCGUGGAUAAUUUUGGUUUCCACGGUACCAUCCUUUUACUUGGUGGUUGUAUGCUUCAUGUGUGCGUCAGCGCAACCCUAUACCGGCCAUUGGAGAACAAUUACGCGCCAGAAGACACAAACAUGCCGGAAAAGGCGGAAAAGGUCGAGAGCACAGCAAAGGAAUUAGAGACGGCAAAACAACAGAAGUUAGAUUUAAUAUUCGCCAAUGAUUCGACUACGAAACAUAAUCUGUUGAACGAAUUAUUUCAUCAGAACGGUGUGGUGGCGGUCGAGCUGACAGACAGUGACGAGGAGAAAGACGUUGUGGGCGAGUGUCUACGGAUGAAACCGAUCUCGAAGAUACGUAGCUCGAGUAUAUUACACAGUGUCGAAGAUCUAUCGACCGAUUCUACGUGCGUUUACAAGGCAAGGUCGUCGUUAAAGUCGCUGAAGUCGUCGGUCACGGCGGUAUGUCCAGUUCCUCAGAACGAGUCACAACUGCCAAAGGAAAAGAAGACAGUGAUGCAAAGGAUAGCGCAAUACAUCGAUCUGUCUCUAUUGAAAAAUCCUCAAUUCAUGAUGAUGUGUUUGUCCGUUAGUCUUAUGUCAACCGGAAGUCCGUAUAUGCUGUACUAUCUUCCGGCUUACGUACACGCUGCUGGUUAUACGAAAUCGGAAGCUGGAUACCUGGUUGCUAUUUCCGCCGCGCUUGAUUUAUGCGGAAGAUUAGGACUUGGAUGGCUUUCGGAUCUGAAACUUUUUGAUCGGCGGAAAGGAUACAUUGGAAGUGUCGUGGGUGCUGGUGUAGCUGUACUGGCAAUUCCAAUGGCCCAUUCUUUCUACGUGUUAGCAUGUUCUGUAGGCAUGUAUGGACUAUGCUUAGGCUGUUGGUUCCUCUUGGUUCCCGUCCUUCUCGCAGACCAAUACGGAACUGAUAAAAUAUCCUCUACUUAUGGUCUUGUCAGGAUGUUCCAGAGCGUUGGAGCAAUUUCUAUUCCGCCUUUAGCAGGUUACUUGCGCGAUGUAACAGGAAGUUACUCCGUAUGUUUUCUAUGCAUGGGUACGUGCAUGGUCAUGGGAGGUCUACCUUUACUCCUGGUUUUUAACGAAGUAUCGGAAUCAUCGAAGAUGACUGUUAAUAAUGAGAACAGUAACUGUCAAGGAGAGGUGGUUGCAAAAGAAUAAAAAUAUUUUGCGAAUGUGA